UGUUUUUAUGAAUUGAGCAGAAUAAUUUUCAUCCUUUUUUUUGAAUUUUCAAAGAAAAUGUGUGGUUGAGUAAGUGCAGAGUGAGAUAAGAAAAUGGAAGCUAAAGACAAUACAGAAAAGACAGUGUGCGUAACAGGCGGGAGUGGCUUCAUUGGCUCCUGGCUUGUUCGUCUCCUUCUCGACCGUGGCUACACUGUCCAUGCAACCGUCAAAAAUCUUCAUGAUGAGAACGAAACUAAGCAUCUGCAAGCUCUGGAUGAACAUGAAUCAGAUCGUCUGCGUUUAUUCCAAAUGGAUCUUCUCGACUAUGACUCCAUUGUCAGAGCCAUUGCUGGUGUUACUGGCGUCUUUCACCUCGCGUCUCCAAACAUCAUCGACCAAGUUGUUGAUCCUGAGAAGGAAAUAUUAGGACCGGCAAUACAGGGCACAAAAUAUGUGCUCAUGGCUGCAAAGGAGCUUGGAGUCCGUCGCGUGGUCAUCACCUCAUCGAAUGCAGCCAUUAUUCCUAACCAUCACUGGCCAGCAGACGUGGCCAAGAAUGAGGAUUGCUGGACUGAUGUUGAGUACUGUAAACAGAAGAAGUUAUGGUAUUCCGCAUCAAAGACACUAGCAGAGAAAGCGGCCUGGGAAUUGGCCAAGGAAAUAAGUUUAGAUGUGGUUGUGGUGAAUCCUGGAGCUGCGAUGGGGCCUAUUAUCCCUCCAACUAUUAGUGCAAGCAUGUCAGUGAUUCUUCGGCUUUUCCAGGGCUGUACAGAAACUUAUGAUGACCUUUAUAUGGGAGCAGUUCAUGUUAAAGAUGUGGCCCUAGCUCAUAUACUAGUUUAUGAAAACCCAUUGGCGACUGGUAGGCACUUGUGUAUCGAGUCCAUCUGUCAUUUUAGUGACUUUGCAGCAAAGGUUGCAGAACUGUACCCGGAAUAUCAGUUACCUAGCCUACCAAAGGAUUCCCAACCAGGGUUGCUGAGAUGGAAGGAUCCAGCCAAGAAGCUGAUGGACUUGGGUUUGCAGUUUACUUCUAUGGAGCAGAUUAUCAAGGAUUCUGUUGAGAGUUUGAAGAGCAAAGGAUUUAUUUCCUGAAUGGAGAUGCUACCUUUUGCUCAUAUAUAGUGUCUCGACAGGAAACUACAGCUGACAGCCUGAACAUUGUGCAAUAAAUACAUGCAGUAAUUUUAUUUUA